AUGGUGUCCUUGCCCGCUUUCGUCCAGAACGGGCGCUUCUCGCUCGCCCAUCGCCGCACUCCCUCCUCCGCAGCCCACCUCGACUCGCUCCCGGCUCACACCGCCGCGACCGCCGUUCCGACCGGGUCCAGCUUGGACACGAGCUACUCCGAGGCCGACAAGCUUGGGAGCGAGCCUGCUCCGCACGUCGUCGUCCCGCUCACGCCCCGCUCCGACCUCGAGUCUACCCUCUCGCGCGCGACCUCGCGCGCGAUCCGCAGGCCGGAGGAGGUCAAGAGGCAGAACGAGGGAGAGCAGGACAGGCUGCAGGGACUGAUGAGGAGCGCGACGGUCAGGCGUGUCGAGUCGCGCGAUGAGAAGGCUGGCGAAGAGGGAGACAGGUGGUUGAGGGCAAAGGUCUGGCUCAGGCAGGACGGAUCUUCGGCGCUCGUCCUGCUCGUCUGGCUGCUCCUCCAGCUCGGUUUCUUCGCCGUUGGUGUCGUCAGGUACGACCUCAACCGCAACUUCAGCAACGCCCGCGCCAUCUUCGGCUCGACCUACGUGAUCGCUCGCUCGGCCGCCUUCGUCCUCCACAUCGACGUCGUCUUCAUUCUCCUUCCGGUCUGCCGCAACCUCGUCACGCUUCUUCGCAGGACCGCGCUCAACAAAGCGAUUCCGUUUGACGAGAACGUCGAGUUCCACAAGGUCGUCGCUUGGUCGAUCGUCUUCUGGACGGCCGUGCACACGAUUGCCCACCUCUUCAACUCAUGGUGGCUCGGGGCCAAGCUGGCCACGACCGCGACAGCGGCCCUCCUCCUCGCGCUGGACACGAACUUCACCACUGGCCCCUUCCUCACCGGCUGGAUCAUGCUCGUCCUCCUCGCCGUCAUGACGUUCUUCGCUGUCGAGAAGCGCAGGCGUCCGCACUUUCAGCGCUUCUACUGGUCGCAUCACCUGUUCAUUCCGUUCUUCGUCCUGUGGCAGUUCCAUGGAAUGUUCUGCAUGAUCAAACCCGACCGCCCUCCGUACUGCAGCUGGACUCAGAUCGGCGUGUUCUGGAUGUACUGGAUCCUCGGCGGCCUCGUCUACAUCGGCGAACGCAUCCUCCGCGAGAUCCGCUCCCGCCACCGCACCUACCUGAGCAAAGUUGUCGUCCACCCAAGCAACGUGAUCGAGCUCCGCAUCAAGAAGGAGAAGACGCCCCGCGUUCGCCCUGGGCAGUACAUCAUGAUCUGCUGCCCGAGCGUCUCGUACUGGCAAUGGCACCCGUUCACGCUCACGAGCGCGCCGGAGGAAGACUUCCUCUGGGUUCACAUCCGCGUUGUCGGCGACUGGACUCGCCAGCUUGCGGUCAUCCUCGGUUGCGAGCAGGACGAGGAGCUUCUCUCCGAAGAGUGGACUCGCGAGAAGCUGUUGUCACCGUCGGUCAUCCGCCCGCUCCCGAGGGUCAUGGUCGACGGACCCUUCGGCACGGCAACCGAAGACGUCCUCAAGUACGAAGUCACUGUCCUCGUCGGCGCAGGCAUCGGCGUCACCCCCUUCGCCGCCAUCCUCAAGCACAUCUGGUAUCGCCUCAACGACCCGGAUCGCGACCCGCUCGACCAGAAGCUGCGCAAGGUCUACUUCUUCUGGAUCUGCCGCGACGCCGAGUCGUUCGAGUGGUUCCGCGACCUUCUUCUCUCGCUUGAGGAGCAGGACCUUGAGGGCCGCAUCGAGAUCCAUACGUACCUCACGGCUACCAUCAAGGCGCACGACAUGCUCAACAUCUUUGCCAACGACGUCGGCAGUGACCGCGACGCGAUCACGCAGCUGAGGGCGCCGACGCACUACGGCCGCCCGAACUGGGACCGCAUCUUUGCCUCGAUCGCGGCUGAGCACCCGGUGUCCGAGGUUGGCGUCUUCUUUUGCGGGCCGAAGCCGCUCAGCACGAUUCUGCACAAAAUGUGCAUCAAGCACACGACCGGCGAGGCUGGCAAGACUCGCUUCACGUUCAGCAAGGAGCGCUUCUGA